GUCUCAGUUUCUCUGAGCUUUGCUGUCCCCGUGUAUAAUAUGAAGAGAUUGGGCUAGAGAUGACAUGUAAGUUCCUUUGGGCUCUAAAGAUGGCAUUUCAGGGAUUCUGGUAGCUGCAGUCUUACACUGGGUUAAGAUGGAUCUUGUACUCGAUGCUGCAGAUUAUUAUUUUUUUACACCGUACAUCUAUCCAGCCUCAUGGCCUGAGGAUAACAUCUUCCGACAAACUAUUAGUCUCCUGAUUGUAACAAAUCUUGGAGCUUAUAUCCUUUAUUUCUUCUUUGCAACACUGAGCUAUUAUUUUGUCUAUGAUCAUGCAUUAAUGAAGCAUCCACAAUUUUUAAAGAAUCAAGUCUAUAGAGAGAUCAUAUUUACUGUCCAGUCAUUGCCAUGGAUUAGUAUUCCCACGGUGUCACUGUUCCUGCUAGAGUUGAGAGGUUACAGCAAAUUAUAUGAUGACAUAGGAGAGUUUCCCAGUGGCUGGUUUCGCCUCAUCGUUAGUGUAAUGUCCUUCCUCUUUUUCACCGACAUGCUGAUCUACUGGAUUCACAGAGGCCUUCAUCAUAGACUUGUGUAUAAGCGCAUACACAAACCUCAUCAUCUCUGGAAGAUUCCGACUCCAUUUGCAAGCCAUGCUUUUCACCCUGUGGAUGGCUUCCUUCAGAGUCUACCUUACCAUAUAUACCCUUUUAUCUUCCCGUUACACAAGGUGGUUUACUUAAGUUUGUACAUCUUGGUGAAUAUCUGGACGAUUUCCAUUCAUGAUGGCGACUUCCGUGUCCCCCAAAUCUUAAGGCCAUUUAUUAAUGGCUCAGCCCAUCAUACAGACCACCACAUGUUCUUUGACUACAACUACGGACAGUAUUUCACCUUGUGGGAUAGAAUUGGAGGCUCCUUCAAAAAUCCUUCCUCCUUUGAAGGGAAGGGACCACUUAGUUAUGUGAAGAAGAUGACAGAAGAAAAGCACAACAGCCACGCAGAAAACGGUUGUAAAAAUGAAAAAUUAUUCAGUGAAGAGUUUACAAAGACUGAGUAGAUUGUUGUCCUAUUGUUAACGGUUGUGAAAUAUUUUUAAUAAGGAAAAUUAAUCUACAUACAUAAAACCAAGAGACAUAGCAAGUCAAUGGUAUUUGAGGGUACUGCUGAGGAAUGAUCGUGAUGGCAGAUCAAAGAAGGAAUGCUGUGAACACCGAAAUUUUAACCUCAUGCUUACCAUACUAGGUGUUGGUCUCCAGGACAGGUCAUGUCUCUGUAGCCAGCAUAUCUGUAACUUGUAUAGCCUCAACAACAAUUUUUAUAAGGAUAGAGAAUAAAUUAUUGAGAGGA